CCAAAAUCCCUAAUUGAAAUGAAUUCCCUCUCCCAAUUUCCCUCCAGUUUUUUCUUAGAACCAGAAUCUCCUCCCGGUGCUCUUACUCCCCGUCACCGUCCACCUCUUCUCCAUCCGCCGCCGUCUCCAUCUUCUCCCAGCGAGCCACCUCACUUCCCCGGUUCUCCUCCUCUUCCAUCCCUCCGUUCCGCCAUUCAUCCUAUCCCUGAGCUUGAAGUCGUGUCGCCGCGACUUCACUUCCAUUCCGCCGAGCUCUGCCAUCACCGUCACCUUCACGUCGUGCUCAGUGCUCACCUCCAGCUGUGCCUUCCAGUUGCAGCCGUCGCCUCCAGCCGUGCCUUCCAGUUCCGGCCGUCGCGUUCCAGCAUCGUCGUUGGUGACUCAGAUUCUGUGUCUGUGCAUCAUAGCAUAGUAUAUCUCAUUGCACCUUGAGUACGGAGAGAAGAGAUGGCUGGGCAAUCAGAUCCUGAGCUUUCACUGUUUUCAGCAGAGGAGCUUGAGUUCAUUGCUGAGGAUGAGAUUGUGGACAUUGUGCCCAAUCUCAAGAUGGGUCCUCUUAAUUUCAUCUCUGGAGAUUUUGGCCCGUUUAUCCCACAGAUUGUUGCCCAAGUACCGCUUUGGCUGGCUGUUGCAUUAAAAAAGAGGGGCAAGUGCUCCAUUUGCCCUCCUCAAUGGAUGUGUGUUGAGAAGUUGACUCAAGUUUUGGAAGCUGAGCGAAACUCGCAAGAAAUGUCAGAGCAACUGCCAUUUCACUAUGUAGAAAUUUCUAGACUUCUGUUUGACCAUGCAAAUGAUGACAUCUCGGAUGCAUAUAUGGUGAGAUCUCUAAUUGAGGACAUCAGAGAUGUACGAUUUCAUAAGGUUGAAACUGACCUGGAGGCAUUCAAUGGUCGCACAAUUGCUGUUAAGAUAAAAAAUUUGUCUGCCAUGGAAGUGAAUAUCGUUCGCCCAUUCAUUGGAAGAGCUUUACAAGCAUUCUAUAAGCAUGAUAGUCCAGAGUUGAUACCGGAUCCGGAGAGAGUUCCUGAUAGGCGACCGCAAGUUGUCCAAAAUGCCCCAAGGAGGCAACUGCGAAGAUAAGGUACUUACAGCUGGAUCUGUGCUGCUGAAUUCUUUGUACUAGGGUAGCUUGCGAGUUGAGACCUGAGUUCUCAAUAAUCAGGAAGAUAUGACGUUUCCUUAUUUCUCCUAAGUUACACACACGUUGCAUGUAGUUUUGUGUAAUCACCUUAACCCAUGCUAUGCAUUUAUGAAUUUCCUAUCAUUUUGUUGAUGGAAUUA